AUGAAUGGUUAUUUAUCUGAUAUAAUUGAAGCUUGUGAUCGCCCUUGUAGCCAUGUUUGUGAGCUGAUAUAUGAAAAGAUACAGGUUGAUCGAAUGAAGAGGCAUUUGAUGAGGUUUGACAAUGGUAGUCGAGGCACCUGGGUUGGCCGAGCUGUGAGGACAAAUGGCAGAGCAGGAAGAAUAGAACACAGAGAUGAUGUGGCUUGUGAAACUAACACGAUGCUAGCAAUAGAGGAACCUGAAGAUCUGAACAUUCAGAAGACUCCAAGCUCGAGAGAUAAUUCCACAGGAGCAAGGGAUUUCAAGAAGAAAUCAUUGAUUUUAUUAUCAUCAUCAGGUGAUACAAUAUCAUCUGAUGGUGAUUCGAAAGUGGUGGACGUUACAACAUUUGGUGCAAAGGGCGAUGGAGUCACCGAUGAUACUGAGGCAUUUCAGGAAGCAUGGACAUCAGCUUGUGAGCAGAACUCUGCUACACUGCAUGAUAUCAAUUGCGACCCUGGUCACGGUAUCAGUAUUGGAGGACUUGGGAAGGGAGGAACAAAGGCCUGUGUUUCCAAUGUCACUGUUUAUGACAUCAACAUUCAUGAUACAUUGAAUGGUCUCCGAAUAAAAACAUGGAGGUUUGGAGGAAUUGGGCAAGUGAAAAGCGUGUCGUUCUCCAAUAUACAGGUUUCCAAUGUAAGGUUGCCCAUUGAUAUUGAUCGAUUUUACUGUGAUAAAAUGGUCUGCGCCAACCAAUCAUCUGGAGUAUACAUAUCAGAUGUCACUUAUCAGAAAAUCACAGGCACUUACGUGAAAACGCCAGUCUAUUUGGCUUGCAGCGAUGAUGUGCCAUGCACCGAUUUAAAGUUCCAAAAAAUUGAACUUCAGGCAGUGGCUACACAGGAAAAGAGUCCCUUCUGCUGGAAUAGCUAUGGAGACCAACAGUCCGAUGUUGAGUGCCUGCAACCUGGAAGACCCCCUCAUGACCCUGCUCAAACUCUAUCACCGGAAGAUCUAUGUUAA